AUGAGCAUGAGCGCUGCAAAAGAUGCAUCAGAUCAAAAUUUUGAUUAUAUGUUUAAGAUUUUAAUCAUUGGAAAUUCCUCAGUUGGAAAGACUUCCUUUUUGGUUCGUUACGCUGAGGACAGUUUUACUUCCGCUUUUGUGUCAACCGUUGGAAUCGACUUUAAAGUUAAAACGGUUUUUCGACAAGACAAGAGGGUAAAAUUACAAAUAUGGGACACUGCUGGUCAAGAACGAUAUCGGACGAUUACAACAGCAUAUUAUCGUGGGGCCCUUGGUUUUAUUUUAAUGUACGAUAUCACAAACGAGGACUCGUUUAACGCUGUUAGAGACUGGGUCACGCAGAUCAAGACUUAUUCCUGGGACAAUGCUCAGGUCGUCUUAGUUGGCAACAAGUCGGAUCUUGCAGCGGAACGGCAGAUAACAACGGACCGCGGACGUGCGCUCGCUGACACUCUUGGUCUGAAGUUCUUCGAGACCUCGGCAAAGGACAACGUCAAUGUGAAGGCCGUCUUUGACUUAAUGGUGGACAUCAUUUUGGAGAAGAUGGCCGAGACCUCGGAUCAGGAUGGUGAGUCGUUGAUUUUGGAUGAGCACUGCAAAAUUUGUGUGCUUUAA